UAAGCUCAGUACUGGUCAAGCUUCACACGCGGCGCGAGAACGACCGCCCGAGCAUCAGCCACCGUUGCGUCCAUGGCUGACUUUGGGGACUUGGACGACUUCAACGAGCACGAAGUGCAAGGUCGCCCCAUCAAAGCGUACAAAAACGGGUGCUUCGAAAACCCCAAAUCGCUGUUUGUGCAACUGCACUGGUCGUGGGAUGACUUUUUGUGCUCGUGUUCCCAGCGACUGGAGAUGGUGCCGAUGGCCUCUCGAGUGUUCAAUUCCGACGGAGUGGAAAUCGAUGACCUCAUGUGCAUCGAAGAGGGCGACAUGCUGUUCUUUUCCACGGGGGCGCCGUUUAAAAUCCCUGGCAACGAAGACCACAGCAAUGCAGAAGACUUGGGGGCUGGCGGUGUCGUGGGGGGGUACCGCGUCACGUCGUUGUUGGGGCGGGGCGGGUUUGGCGAGGUUCGACUGGGAGUGCACCAGCUCACCAACGAAAAAGUAGCGCUCAAGUUCAUCUUGAAGAACGAGAUGGGCUCCCUGGGUGACGUCGAGCGCACGACCACGGAAAUCCAAUGCCUUACGGCCCUCAAUCACCCGAGCAUCAUCAAAUUGAUUCGCGUAUUUAACGAGCCCAACCACGUUGUUUUGGUGUUCGAGCUCUUGGAAGGAGGCGACUUGUUUCAUCACUUAGCGCAACUGCCCCCAGGCGGCGUGUCCGAAGAAGAAGGGGCGUUGGUGUUUUCCCAGAUUCUGGCGGGCGUCGGAUACGCCCACAACCAACACAUUUGCCAUCGCGACCUCAAGCUCGAAAACAUCCUCUUGCAAAGCAAAAACGACCUCAACAGCGUCAAAAUCGCCGACUUUGGGCUAAGUGACUUUUAUCGCCCUGGGGCCAUGGCCAAAACAACGUGUGGGUCGAUUUCGUACUUGCCUCCAGAAGUCUUUCGAGGGACGUCCAACGCAGGACCACCGUUGGACGUGUGGAGUCUGGGCGUGAUUCUCUUUGCCAUUGUAUGCGGUCGAUUGCCGUUCGAGGGUUCCGACUUGAAGGGGUCCAACCGGCCGCGGGAAAAUGUGAUUCGAAAUCGAAUCAUGCGGGCCCAGUACAAACUCGACGACCAUUUGAGCGCAGACGUAGCCGACUUGAUCCAAAGGAUGCUCAAGCUGGACCCCAUCGAGCGCGCGACGAUCCCAGACAUUUUCAGUCAUCCGUGGAUCCGAGGCAAAGCGGGGUCGGUUGGCUUGGACUCGUUGACGAUGAUGUCGUCGCCUAUCAAGGACGGCGACGACGAUGGCGACGGGUGUGAGUCGUUCACGCUCAAGAAAGAGCCGGACACGGCGUCGAUUCCCCUGUCGGAGGACGUAAAAGGGCGGGGGGGAGGGGGCGCGGUCCCCCUUGUGCCCCCUCUGGCCAACCUCGUGCCCCAGUCGCCCCCUUCGACGGUGGUGUCCCAUCCCCCCAACGGAGGCAGCUCGAAGCGCACCGUUCGGAGCCACGACCUGCCCAAGCACAAGAGCCCCCGCUCCGGCCAGCUGUCCAUACCGCCUCUCAAUACAUCCAAAGGGUCCGACAAGCACGUCGAAAAGCACGGUGCGCCGGCGGCGUCGGCACUGCAGUCCCCGACCAACGCCAAGCGCGGCUCCAUGGGGUCGUCAAAAGACGCGGUGCUCACCCCUAAAGACAGCAAGACCGACAAGGGUCGGUCGCGCAUCCCCCCCGUGCACCCCAUGACCCCCGACGACCGGAAUUUGUCCACGAAAGCCAAACGACGACCGAGUUUUACCGACCCCAAGCUCACCGAAGCCCUCGACCCGACCCUACAUUGACGAGAUCUUGCCGCACUCACCACCCCAUUUAUCGAGUUAGGACAUGUGAUGUACAUACAUUAAGCGUCCUCAUAAAGAAACCAACAACAAUCGACCUGUCGAAGCAUGGCCAUGACCUAUGAUUCUAGAGCAAGUGACGUACAGCAUACGAUUAGGAUAACUCUCAAUGACUUAUCCCGGAUAUGCGAUAUGUCUACU